AUGACGGACAGGAACGCGGCGAUGGAGACGGCGGCGCCGAAAGCUCCGGUGACGGCGGAGAGGAGGCUUAGAGGAGACCUUGAAGAUAAAAUCCCUAAGGCUUAUAUGGCUAGAGCAAUGGCAGCGCCAGACGCUCAUCAUCCAGAGGGAUCCAGAGACCAUGAUCCUCGUGGUAUGAGUGUUCUUCAGCAGCAUGUUUCCUUCUUCGACAGAAACAAUGACGGCAUCAUCUAUCCAUGGGAAACCUAUGCAGGGUGUAGAUCUAUCGGCUUCAACCCGUUACUUUCUUUGUUCAUGGUGGUUCUUAUUAACGGGAGUAUGAGCUAUUCUUCACUCCCAAGUUGGAUACCUUCUCCAUUGUUUGCUAUCUACAUCAGCAACAUACACAAAAACAAGCAUGGGAGUGACUCUGGAACUUACGAUCCCGAGGGCAGGUUUGUCCCCUCCAACUUUGAGGCCAUUUUCAGCAAGUUCGCUAGGACGGUGCCUGACAAGCUCUCUUUUGGUGAGAUGUGGGAGAUGACAGAGGCCAAUCGAUAUGCUUAUGAUUUCUUUGGAUGGAUAACUUCAAAGCUGGAAUGGAUAUUUCUGUACAUGCUGGCGAGAGACGAAGAGGGUUACCUAUCGAGGGAGGUCAUCAGGCGCUGCUUCGACGGGAGCUUGUUUGAGUACUGUGAGCAGCAGAGAAUAGCUCAUGACAAGAAAAUGUUGUAGACUCCCACCCCCCUCUAAAUUUCUCAAGUAAUUUGGUUCUGUGAUGUUGGGGUUAAUUUAUAAGUCUGUGUGUGCGUGUGUAGCUUGUAUGUGCUAGCUCAAUAAAUCCCACAGCGCCGAAUGUGAACGUACCAAUGGAAGAAU